UCAAUCUUAUUCGAGCAAAUUGAAGAAUUUGGGAAGUUCCCCAAGUUCCUAAUCGAAGCAAGCACCAUGAAGCAGAAGGUGGUGAUUAAGGUGUGUAUAAACGACCCCGUCUCGAGAUUUUGUUGUUUCAACCCCAAAAGAUCUCACUCAAAAGCUUUGACACUUGCGGCUGGCUUUCCAGGAGUUCAAUCCGUGGAGCAUGUGGAUGACAAGGACCAGAUCGUGGUGACCGGAGAGAUUGACGCAGUCAACCUCGCCGCUCUGCUCCGGAAGAAAGUCGGUUUCGCGGACAUAGUCUCCGUGGGCGAGGUCAAGCCUCCCGGGGAGAGCAAGGACAAGCCUCCCGAAAAGCCCCCGGAGCCCGUCACCUUGCCGUACCCACGCCAGGAAAUCGUCUAUUUCUGCGAUCCAUGCCCCGAACCCUCGUGCUGGCCCCUAUCCUGGCCCCUAUAG